AUGGAUCCCACCUGUGCUCUGGGAGGUUACACAGAUCUCAGGCUGGUAAAUGGUUCAGACUCUUGUUCUGGAAGAGUGGAGCUUCAGUUCAUCAAUGAGUGGGGCACAGUGUGUGAUGCAUGCUGGGAUAUGAGAGCUGCCAGUGUCCUCUGUAGACAGCUGAAUUGUGGGAUUGCUGUGUCUGUUGUGGGAUCAGACUGGUUUGGAGAGGGAAGUGGUGAAAUCUGGGCUGAUGUGUUUGAUUGUGACGGGAAUGAAACAAAACUCUCAGAAUGUUCCAUCUCUUCAUGGAGUCGAGCUGAAUGUUCUCAUAGACGAGAUGUUGGAGUCAUCUGCUCUAAUUCCUCUCUGGCUGUUCAUGAUGGUCUGGUGCGGUUGUCUGGAGAGAGACAGUGUGAGGGGGAGGUGGAAGUUUUCAUCCAUCAGGUCUGGAGGAGAGUUCUGCUGGACUCCUGGAGUCUCACUGAAUCCUCUGUGGUCUGCAGACAGCUGGGCUGUGGCUCUGUGCUGAACUUCUACGGCUCCUCUUCAUCCAGUCCUGAACACAGUCAUGAGUGUGUGACGGGCUUCCAGUGCUCUGGGAGUGAAGCUCAUCUGGGGAACUGCAGCUCUCCACAAACUCUCAACUGCAGCUCCACACAACAGCUGUCAAUCACCUGCCUUGGUCGUGGGUCCAUCAGGCUGGUGGGUUCUGGGGGAGACUGUGCAGGGAGGCUGGAGGUUUUUCACAGCGGCUCAUGGGGGACAGUGUGUGAUGACUCCUGGGAUAUUAAAGAUGCCCAUGUGGUGUGCAGACAGCUGCAGUGUGGAGUGGCCCUCAGUAACCAGCAGGUACCAGCCUGGUUUGGUCCUGGUUCUGGACCCAUAUGGCUGGAUGAGGUGGAGUGUGAGGGGAAUGAGACGUCCCUGUGGAGCUGCUCUUCUUCAGGCUGGGGAAAACAUGACUGUCAACACAAGGAGGAUGUAGGAGUCGUGUGCUCAGAGUUUAAAGAGAUCAGGUUAACUGAGGGCUGUGAAGGGAAUGUGGAGGUUUUCUACAAUGGAUCCUGGGGUAAUGUGUGUUGCAACCAGAUGGACAGAGACGCAGCGAGUCUGAUCUGUCAAGAGCUGAACUGUGGAAGAUCUGCCAGUGAACCCAGUGAUUCAGAGGGACUGAAGUCCCAUAAUUGGCUGGAUUAUUUUAAGUGUCAACGACAUGAUUCCACUAUAUGGCAGUGUCCAUCUUCACCCUGGGGACAGAUUGAGUGUGAUAAUGAAGUGGCCAAAAUCACCUGCUCAGCUCUCUCUAAGAGGAGACACAGGAUGACGACUGAGGCCGUUUAUGAGGAGAUUCAGCACAGACACAAUCACUUCACUCAGAGGGGGAGUCUCAUCUCUGAAGAACUGCAUUCUGGGUAUGAAGAUGCUGAUGAGCUUCUCUCAGCAGAAGAGUUCAAGACUGCAUAUUAUGAUGAUGUCACCAAUGGCAGUGGCCUAAAAGAAGAGAUGGUGAAGGAAAUCACACCGGGAUACUAUGAUGAUGUCAUCACUGAUGGACUGAAACCAGAUCGUGAGACAGAAGACACACCUGAGAGCUAUGAUGAUGUCAUGACGAGCGGACAGAACUCUGAUAUCAAAAAAGUGAACACACCAGAGAAUUAUGAUGAUGUCAUCAUUAAUAAACUGAGCUCUCAAGGUGUAACAGAGGGAGUUCAGGAGGAGUAUGAUGAUGUGACGAGUGUCAGUGAAGAUGUGAGAAACCUGUUGGGGGGCUGACAGGAGCCAGUUUCUUCAGUGUGUUUGAGGGAGCAGACGAGAAACUUGUGCUGACAGAGUCAAACAGACGGUGUG